UUGUGUAAAUAUAGAUAAGAAUGCAAAUGUCCAUAAAAUAUCGCGUACUCUCUACCUUUCGUUUCAAUUAAUAACAAACGUUAACAACACCGACACUCAAGAAAAUGAAUUAUCACGAGAAGUGCUUGUUAGUUACUUUCGGCUUUCUUUAUUUACUCUUUCAAGGUGGCAACAGUUUAGAUCUUAAUCAGAUCUCUGGGACAUGGUUGGUGAGGAAUUCCAGCGAUGUCAAGGAUUCAGAAUCCUGCGCAUAUGUCAAAAUAAAUACCACCAGAACGGGUGCAGUGUUGUCAUACGAUUCCAAAAAAAUUCCUACUGUGGAAUUAACUAUUUUUAACUCUACCAGUAACCUGCACAUUUUCACUGAAACGACCGAUAAGAAAGGAAAUAUGACAUUCAUCUUGUUAGAUCUUCCAAACUACAUUGUUCUAAAUUCCACUUCAGCAGAAAUUCCAACAUAUUUAAUAUUGACGGGACCCACUGCAAUAAAAAUCGAUGGGAAAAUCAAAAAGAAGUUGGAUGAAACUGCAGACCUGAAAAAUAUCACUUUUUACCCUACUGGUCAGGACACUGAAUCAUGCAAAAAAUACAUAAAGGAUGAAGAAUCUGGACCAACUGAGACAAACAUCAAUUCCACCACCUUCAAGCCUACCACCAUCAAGCCCAUGACCAUCAAGGACACCACCAUCAAUUCCACCACCGUCAAGUCGACAACCAGCAAGUCUAAGAAUAGCGGAUCAUCAUUGAUCGUUUCUAACCUCCUAGUGGUCUUAAUCAGUCUGUCACUGAUAAUAUCCAAAUGACAUUUCCAGAUCUGAACGAUCCAGUUUUCGAACAAAAUAUUGCUUAAAACAAAAUUAACUGAAAUAUGCUUAACCGACCCCUGGUACAACAUACUCAAUUUUGAAUUAUACUUCGAUUAAUAAAUAAAUAUUAUUGGAAUAAA